AUGGGUACUCUCAACAAGUAAUUUCCAACAUUGCAGUGUGUUGAUAUUUGAACUACUUGCACGCAAAAUAGGACUUAAAAUGUCCUCUAAAGGUAGGACAUAGAUAUGUACAUUUGUUCAACUGUUGUCUUUUAUAAAAAUGAACAUUUUGAUUCAGUAGUGCGAUGUUAAGAUGUUAACCCAAAAUUCAAAGCCACCUUAUUUCAAAAUUUAUAGCACCAUUGCCUUUCAAGAUAUUUCCUUGUAUGUGUAACAAGGUAUCUCAAGUUUAGCUGAUGUCUUGUCUUCUUCGUGACAGAUCACGAUUAAAACCAUGUAUACAUACAGUAGUAGUGUUACAUACAUACAACGGCGUUGUUAAAAUGAGGGUAAGGGUAACACCAAGGGUGAGGGUAAGGGUGAGGGUGGGGGUGAGGGUGAGUUUAAGGACAGGGUGAAAGGGUAUGGAAACAUAACUGUAGCGAUGAUCAUGCAGCUAUCAUUCAUCCGUUACUCAGCUCACUGGUUUUGUUAAGCACAAAAAUGAAAUUUUCUCACAGAAAUUGCGUUCUUUUGCUAUCGUUUUUAAAUAGGCUUGAUAGUACAACACAUCAGUUUUUUUGAGCAAUGGAACCUUAAGCUAUUUAAAAUUUACUUUUGUUCAGAAAUGUAUAGUAAGCCCGAUGAUUAAAAGAAUUGAGUUCCCAGUUUCGAGAGGGGCACUCAGAGUUAGACAGCGUUAAAUUGCGUUGUACUAUAUCAUACUCUUUUGGAAGGUUGCUGUUUCAUCACCUUCAGAUUAAGGACCCAUUGACAUUUAUCAAUUUUUAUAAGUUUGUUCCAGUUUGUGAGGUUUGGUACUUUUUGACCCAUCAGUUGUUGUUCAUGGGAGUGGCCUAAAUUAAGGUAACAAUGUCUCUUACUUUACAAUAUUUUUAUAUCCUUGACUAUUCGGUAUCUUUGCUUUCAAAAUUAGACGUUGUUUUGUCUCUACAUAUAGAUCAAAUCUAGGUCGGCGUAACCUUUAAGUUAACACUGAUUGGUAAGAUUUUGGAUUAAGGAUAUAAGUGAACACUUGAGUGAUUAUUGUAUUAGUCAUGAUUAUCUUAUUGGAGCAUAGCCGGUUGAAACUGGAUUUCCCCCCGUGAAAAAAUGGAAAACACCGUUUCUAACUUGAGAAGGGCUGAUUAUAGUUCGCAUUAACUGUUUCGUUUUCUUAUUACACCAAACCUACAUUAGUUUAACCUACAUUAGUACUAACUUGUUUAUUAAAUUUGAUAUUGUUCGCAAUAUCAAUUCAUACCCCAAAGAUAUCCCGACAAUCUUUCUAUAUUGAUAUUUUAUUUUUAUUAUUAUUAUUAUUAUUAUUAUAUCAGAUAUGUUAGAUUUGGAGACGAGCAAACUGUACAUCUAAGACUUUCCCUUAAAAAAGGCAAAUGUAUAGUCUUCAAACCAUGCCAAGUCCAAGACGUACGAAUUGUAAAAUUCAAAGAAAUAUUGGUCGUUGUUCGAGUAUAAAGGAGACGAAUUUUUUUGAGUAAUUUUGGAUGGAAAUUGUGGAAUUCCCAUAACUCGAACUUCUCGCCACUGAAAUUUUGCCGUUCCUUGUUUUUUCUUAUAAUAGCAAUCCCUCACAAAUUUAUUUUUUGUUUAUGAAAAGAAAAAGUGAACUUCAAGUUCAUGAUUAUGACAACCUGCCCCCCCCCCCCAAAAAAAGAAAAAAAAACAGUACAAGACUGAUUCUACGCUUCUGGAGAAAAUUCAGUCCCAUCCACAAAUGAGUGCACAAAAAUUGUGUUUUGGCUUUUCAUCCCCACAUAUAUUAUGAAAACACCCACCCAACUCACAACUUUUAUGACAAUGCUUUCCAGGUAGAUGUAAACAUAACUUUUUAAAAAUGUUCACUUUAUCCGAUCUUGCAAAUCUCAAGUCGGGACAAGAAUGUUAUGUUUCACUUCCUCUGUGUCAUUUUAGAAUAUAUCGUAGUAUGAUGAGAAAUGUUCAAAUCUACAUGUACAUGUAUACGCAUGAGACAAAUUAAGUUGUAGUUAAUUGGCCUCUGAUUGCUUUGGAUUUGAAUCCAUAACAAUAAUGUGCUGAAUAAUGUGCCGUAAACAUGAUUCUAAAUCUCUCUAUUAUCCUGCAGUGCUUAUUUAUUUCUUUUUUUUUUGCCCUUAGUGUUGAUUCAGCCCCUGGAGCUUUUGCAUCUAAUGAUGAAGGAGCAGUCAGUGGACACUGGAGGUAUGUAAUACUGUUUUUGUUUUUUUUGUAAAAACAUCAGCAUCUCAGCAUCUUGAAAACUUAAAGUCCUGUUAUGCUAAGCAAUUAUUUUCUUGAAACUUGCCUCACAGUUUUGUUGUGUUACACGUUGCAAAAAAGAAGAAAAAAGUACCUAGUGUUAAAUCGCUUGACAUGAAUAUGACUGUUUUGCAUCACAGAAGAAAAGGUGAAGACAGGAUAUUUUGGUAGCCUCAAGGCAUUAAAAUUAAUAAUGAUCUGCAAAGUGCUGAGUCCAAAAUUCAAGAUAAAGAAAAUCAUAUCAUUAUGUGCUUAAAGAUCAUCCAAAAAUGUUUGCCUAAAGCUUUUGAUCCAGAAAGUUUCCUUCAGAACCCUUUAUUGGGUAAAGUACUCAUUAAAACAGUGGAAAAAGCUCAGAGUUUGUAUACCUGUUUCUUUCUCAGAUCUUUCAGGUGGUUUGGUGACAGUGACAAGUGCUGUCACAAGUGCAGUGCCACCACAUAACCCAGCCACACCCCUUACUCCCAUGAUGAGUCGAUGA